AUGGCGGCGAAUGAACCGACACCGGGGCCUUCGAACGCGAAAAAGUGUAGGAAGAGUGACCAAUAUACUGACCAUGAGUUACUACGUGUGUUAGAAGAUAGUGAUGUAGAGUUCAGAGAGGACGAACCAGAUGAGGGUGACUGGCAUUUGGAGACUGCAGAAACAGACCACAGUGAUGACAGUGUGGAAGCAGAACUGUCCAGUAUGUUUCGUGACAGUUCGGAAUCGGACGAUACGGGCGACGAUGAUGAGGAAAUCGCCGACGAUAAAGAACCAGCGCUCGCAGAGGUAAGCAAACCAGGUGUUACGUGGCAUGAAGAACCACAUGGGAUGCAGUAUCACCCGUUUACGAAAGCAGAAUGUUUGCUGAUGAAGCCUGCUGGCAAUACGCCAAUGGAUUUCUUUAGGCUACUGGUUACAGAUGACAUACUGCAGCUCAUAGUUGACGAAACAAAUGAUAACGCACGGAAUAUAUUUGCGAGCGCAAAUACACAAGAGGGCUCUAGAAUUAGUAAUUGGAAACCCGUAAGUAUAGAAGAAAUACUUGUCUUCCUGGGGAUUUCAUUACAUAUGGGUAAUGUCAAAUGUGCCCGACUACAAGACUACUGGAAGAGGGAUCCGCUGUUCGAAAAUAAAGGAAUAACGAUGAGUAUGAGCAGAGACAGAUAUUUGCUUAUCUUACGCGCAUUGCAUUUUGCAAAAAAUCUAGAGUCAGGCGAACCGAAACCAAAUGAUCGACUAAAUAAGUAUGGCAUCAAAUUGUACAUGCUAAAUAACCCAGACGGCUUCAUCAAUAAAUGCGCUGUGUACACGGGGAUGCGUGGUGAUAUGGGGGGAAAAGGGCAUGCUGAAAAGAUAGUAUUGCAUUUGUUAGAAGAGAAGGUGAAUGUUGGCCAUCACAUUUACAUGGACAAUUUUUACAACAGCUUUGCCUUAGCUAAAACCCUGUUGAAUGCAAAAACACAUUGCACCGGGACACUAAGGGUAAAUAGGAAAAAUACCCCUAAAGACGUGGUAUGCGCCAAGCUGGGGAAAGGGGACACCAUAGCACGAUAUUCGGACGGGGUAAUGAUCGGCAAAUGGAAGGAUAGACGAGAGGUCUCCUAUAUUUCCACAGAAUACCCCAAUACAAUGGAACGUGUGCAGAAUGCACGCCAGCAAAUAGUCGCGAAACCACUGCCAAUUAUCAGAUAUAAUAGUUGUAUGUCUGGGACCGAUAGGCAGGACCAGAUGUUGUCUUAUUAUUUAUGUGAACGAAAGACAAUCCGCUGGCCAAAGAAACUAUUCUUCCAUGUAGUUGACAUGCUAAUGUUCAAUGCACAUUACCUAUAUAAUAAAUACUCAGGGCAUAAUAUGACUUUGUAUGAUUAUAGAAUACAAAUAAUAAAGGGACUACUUCCACCAAUGGACGUUACAAAAGGUGUGCGUAACAAAUGUAAAGACACACAUGUUGUGCAAAAGCGGGACGCAACGGAAGGGACGAAGCAAGUUAUGCGGAAGCGAUGUAAAACGUGCGCGGCAAGCCCAUGUAAAUAUAGUUACAUUGGUUGCUCAGAAUAUGAUGUUUCUGUACAGUACCGUAUGUGGACUUUUUUGUGGUUUGCUAUAAAAACAUCACCUCUACACCUUGAAAACUUAUUUCACCACAUUGCAGACGAGUCCUGUUUCUUUUUCUUCGUUUUAUAA